UUUAACUCGAUUAAAUCUUUCACACUCCAAAUCUCCUUGAGAGUGUGAUGAUGGUGGUGGUGCCGCCGUGCCAGUGGUAGUGGUGAUGUUGGUGGCGAUGAUGAUGGUUGUGGUGGUGGUGGUGGUGAUGAUGAUGAUGAUGGUUGUGGUGGUGGUGAUGAUUACGAUGAUGAUGGUGGUGAUGAUGGUGAUGAUGAUGGUGAUGAUGGUGAUGAUGGAGGUGAUGGUGAUGAUGGUGAUAAUGAUUUUGAUGGUGUGGUGGGGGCGGUGGUGAUAGUGGGGUAAUUAAUGAUGAUUUAAUUGUGUUCAUACUGUGGAUGGUAUUGAUGAUGAGGACAGUGGUAAUGAUGCUUAAGAGGGUGAUGACCAUGAUGAUGGUUAUGGUGAUUGGUAAUCCAUUCAUAUAUGCUAUCUUUAUCAAUCAAACUUGUUCAUUUCUCUUGUACAGCAAGGGCUUGAUGAGAAUGGGAACGCCAAGAGACACAAAGGAGAAGGGGAGGAGGAUGACGAGAUGGGCAAAGAUGCGAUCAUCACGUCAUCGUGGCCGGGAUCAUUCCAGAGACCAUCCGCUUUCCGUCCCUGGUCGCCGAGCAUCCUCAACAAAGAGGGCGCCGGCAAGAUGGGCCUGCUUCCUGACCAUGGCACAGUUCUCGUCAGAGACAGCCGUGGGAUGCCAACCUACCUCAGCAUGGGACCACCAGUCCUCCUCAAUCCAGAGAGAGUGGUGCCCCACACUGCAGCUUCCAAAUUCGACAGCCAGUUUGCACCUAACGUUGCCUUGGCGCCACCCUUGAAACUAUCGCCAUCGUCCAAAGAAUCCAUGUCGCCAGAUGGAGAGAAAGAAAGGGACAUCAAAUGCGAAGACCUUGACAUCCAUCCGGAGAGCACGAUGGACCAGGAGAUUGAGAUGGUUAAGAAGAUGCUUCUUGAGAGCGAUGCUCUGGACACCAGGGCAGGACGGGAGAAACUCCUCCAUGAGCUUGCUAGGAUACGCAUCAGGCAGGAAGAGAGAUUACAGGAUGCCCUCGCAGCCAAGAGGAAUUACCAACAGGAGAUGGAAUUUCUGAGACUCACCAAGAAAGACAAAAUGAGGGAAGCAAUGGAAUCCAAGAGAUCGCUACGCAAAGAGCUUGACCGGGUCCGGAUCGAGUAUGAGAGGAAGCUUAGAGAGUCCAACGACUCCCGCCAGCGCCUCAAACGAGACCUUGAGCAGGCCAGGAGCCGACGGAGCGAGAAGUCCAACGAGAUCGGAAGGGACAAUGAACGCCUGGUCUCUCAGAAUGAAUACCUCAAGGAUCGGGUGAGGGAUCUUGAGGAAGAGAGAGACCAGCUCCGGAGAGAGCUCCAGAGGUACCAACAUGAGAAGGCGGACGAGUUCAAGGACGGGGAGAAGGGGAAGGGCGAGAAGAAAGAGGAAAUAUUAGAGAAGGGAGAAAGAUUAGACCAAUCAUCAAAUAGAGACAGUAGUUUAGACUGUGAUGGACAGAAAGUGGUGGAGAAAAAGAUGGUCGAGGUGAAGAAAGAGAAGGAAGACCUUGAAUACUCAGAGAAAGUGAAAGAAGAUAGCAUUGAUAGGUCUCCUCCACAAAGAGAUGUCUAGUUGUCCCCAUUCAGAUCAAUUCCAACAUCAGUUCUUGAUCAGAAAAGGAGAUGACAGACUCUGGUGUUCGUUGGAAACCUCAGAUUUAUGGGUCAU